AUGAUUAAAGUAGACCACUCAGACUGUCCAUAUACCUUCCAGCAAAGCUGGUUGCGAUCAUCGUUGCUGAAUGGUCUCACUGCGGACAGCAGACCACCAGCGGUCUCACGCUCUGGCACAUGGGCAAGUCUCAUCAUCGUGGCUAAUGACGACUCCAGAUUUGCACCUGGAGGGGACGAUGCAUACUACAGAAAUGAUCCUGUGAAGUAUGAUCUUAAUGUUUUCAGUGCCACUGCCCCAUAUUUAUAA